GGUCCUCAUUUGAAAUCAACCGUUGACCGAACUGCACUCAAUUGUGUUAGUAAUUUAUCACUCGAGUCUCUCAUUUUGUCAAUUAAGGAAAGAGUAGCAAAAUGUCGGAGUCCACACAAACAAAUGGACACGCUGAGGCAGCGGAUCCCAAUUUGCCCCCCUGGCUGCCCAGAAUCUCGCUGGAGAAUGCAGUACAUGCCCAGAUUGGCGACUUUGAAAAGAUACUAUCUGUAACACCACAGCCAACGAGUUCUGGUGACAACUACUCCGCUUUGAUGGUGCGUCUGCUGGUCGAAGUCGAGCUGCUUGAUCACAGCACCAAGAGUGUGUCCUUUGUGCUGAAGGCGCAGCAUAAUAAUGAAAUAAUGGCUGCCAUACUCAGCAAGUUGCGCCUCUUCCAGAAGGAGGAAAAAAUGUAUCAUACCAUUCUACCCAAAUUCGAACAGCUCUAUGCCGAUGUUGGCAAAACCAUCAAAUUUGCACCUAAGGCAUAUAAAAUUGAUCAGGAUUUGGGUGUUGAUUAUGUGCUGCUCGAGGAUUUGAAAGUGAAGAGUUUCAAAAACGCCAAUCGCUUGGCGGGUCUGAAUCUAGAUCAUAUGCAGCAGGUGCUAGAGAAGUUGGCAGCUUUCCAUGCAGCUUCCGCCUGCUAUGUAGAGCAAAAUGGCAUGUUUGGGGAAGAGUUUACGGUAGGCGUGUUCAGCGAAGCCAAUCGUCAGCUGCUGCAGGAGUUUAAUGCCUCGGGAGCCUUUCUAGCGCAGCUCAAGAAGUGGAAGAACUGUCAAAAGAUCUAUGAGAAAUUGGCCAAAAGUGAUGAGUAUUUGGUUGAUCGUCUGCUCCAGGAUCAGCAGGUUUCCAUGCGGGAGUUCAAUGUGCUCAAUCAUGGCGAUUGUUGGAACCUAAAUAUAAUGUUUCUAUAUGAUGCCUUUGGCAAAAUCAAGGAAACGCUUUUUGUUGACUUUCAAGUUGGCAAAUAUGGCUCCCCGGCGAAUGAUCUAUUUUAUCUGAUACUUUCCUCAGCAGCGCCAGAUAUUAAAACCGUCAAAUUUGAUUAUAUGGUUCGCUUCUAUUUCGAUCAUUUGGUGGAGAAUCUUAAGCUACUGCAAUAUCAUCGCCCUUUGCCCAAGUUGAAGAAUUUGCAUGCUGCUCUCUUGCGCAAUGGAUUGGCGGCUUAUAUGGUCGUGUCCAAGGUGCUACCAGUUGUCAUGCUGGACAAGACCGACAAUGCCAAUUUGGGGAAUGACGAGUCCAAGGUGAAGGCCGCUAUGUACACCAAUCAGAAAUAUGUUCAGGUAAUGUCCGAAGUUCUGCCAUGGUUGGAUAAUCGCGGUCUGCUCGACUGGAAGUAAUUACCAAAUGGUAAUGAAUUAUAUAAACACAAAUAAUUCUUCAAAUUGGUCACGCCAUAUUAAAAAUGUAUUAUUAUUAUACGAAAUAAAAUAAA